AUAUUUUAUAGAGCUUUCCUAUCCUUCUUCCAUAGUCUCUUGUUAGUGCGUAUGUUUAUAGUGUGUGGGGAAGGCAACGAGUCGGGCCACCUUCCUACAUUUGUCAUUCAAUCCCCAACUUUUUGAGGUGAAAACAUUCUCUCCGUGCUUCAAGAUGUUUUCCUGUUCCUGGGUACUAUUAAUAUGGACGACCCUGGUAAUAUCUCAAAAGCUAGUCGUCGCACUACUUCCUACCGCAGCGGUCCAGUUGUAGGUGGCGGCCCGGGCGUCGGCAGCGGUCCACUUUUGGGUGCUGGAUUAGGCCUUGGCAGCGGUCAAGGAGUGGGUAUUAACCUCGGCCAAGGUAUCGGCGGCGGUCCAGUUGGCAGUUCUGGCAAAGGAGUAGGCAGCGGUGACAGGGCUGGACAAGUUAGCAGCGGGCCUCGAGCUACCUCUGGCAGCAGCGGUAAGGCUCCUUACGCUGGUCCAAGGUAUGGCAGUCCUCAAGUGAGCACAGUGGAUGCACUAUUUAACCCCACUGUCACCCAGCUCUUCACCAUCGACCGCUUCGUCACCCUCACUGACCAGGCUUUCCAGAGUGUGGCUGUCACCCUCACUUCCCUCACCGUCCAGACUGUAACCACUGGAACACGCGCGGUGGGACAGACGCCGGUGGAUGACCGCGUAGCCCUCCAGACAACGGUAGUUGUCAGACCUUCGACACUAACGGUCACGUACGUGCAGUCGGACUUCAGGAUUGUGACUGAAAGGUCUUUAGACUACGUGACAAUCGCCCACACCUCGUACGUAAUCAUGCAGACUACCUACACUACUACUGCUACCCAAGUGCUGUCGUACACGACAACGUUGGUGAGAACAAACAUAAAUACUAAGAGCACAGUGUUCACAGACUACCGCACAGUCACCGACACGGUCCUCGUCCCCGGAGCCCGCUACGGUUAUAGACGGCUCUAGCACCUUCAUCCGUUCUAAGAUUUUUAAAGAACGUAAUAUUAAACAUAUUUAACAUUAUCGGUCUGUAUGGUCUAUUAAACUUUAUUCAAGAA